AUGCAUAGCUUCAACCUAGCAGCUUUUUGCUCACUUAUAGCACUAUUUCUAUCCUUGCCUGUACAUGCCAUCUCGGGUGUACAUGCUCCAGUUGCAAUUUCAUUGCCCGCAUUUUCCAAAGAAUGUUUAUACUACGAUAUGGAGGAUCUAAGUGACACUUUAUUAGUCGGUUACCAAGUGUUAACUGGUGGUAACUUCGAGAUUGAUUUGCAAAUUGUUGGUCCAGAUGGUGAUGUUUUAGCCGAGGAAAAGGCCAAGAAAUAUGGUGAUUUCCUACUGAAGUCUUUUGGUGUUGGUCAAUACAGCUUCUGCUUCUCCAAUUCCUAUGGUACAGCUUUGAAAAAGGUUGAAAUUACCAUGGAGAAGGAAGACAACAGUAUCCUAGACGAUCCAAAUGCCAGCGAAGAGGAUGCCAUCGCUAACCAUGCCAUCGAGGAAAUUGACAGGAACUUAAACAAGAUGACUAAAAUCAUGAACUACUUGAGAGCAAGAGAGUGGAGAAACAUGUCUACUGUCGAAUCAACUGAAUCAAGAUUGACCUGGUUAUCCCUUCUUAUUAUGGGUGUCAUGGUAGCAAUCAGUGUGCUGCAAGCCUUGCUGAUCCAAUUUUUGUUCAGUAGUCGUCAAAAGAAUUUUGUCUAA